UGACUGAGCAAUGCCACUCAACCCUCUCUCUCGCGCCAAAUUCGCCUUCUCUUCCUCUCUCUCACACACUCACACACUCUCAUUCCAUUUCCAUUCCAUCUUCGAUCCAAAUUCCGAACGUCACUCUGAUCUCGACCAAGGUGGAUUGGGGUUUUCAUUAUAUACUGAUGAACAUUUUGUAGCUUAUCUUGAUAUCGUAUAAUGGAAGAAGAGGAAAAACCGAAAGAGAUGAAAGUAACUGGUCAUGAAUUAGAUAGUGGUGAAGUGGUAGAUAGUAAUGUGAAACAAUUUGCUGAGAGUCUUCGGGAGGAGAAUGUUAAUGCUGGCAGUGGCAUUGGGGAUGAACAGGCAGAUGAAAGGGUACACUUUCAAGGACAUGGGGUUGAUUCAGUAACCACGGGUAUGGUUGGGAACCAGUUUGAGCAUGUAUCUUUGAAAGGACAAGAGACGAAUAAUGAAUAUGUGGGUUCAAAUCCAUCCGAAGGUUUAGAUAAUUUACAGCAUGCAUUGAGUGAAAAUGAGGAGCAUUUUCAAUGUUCAUCUGGGAUGUACUCGCCAGAGUGUGCUUCUUCCCCAGUGGCUGUCAUGCAGCAUGGACAUUCUCCUGUUAGUUCUCCACAAAAACCUAGGCAAAAAAGUUCUAUGCUAAAUGUGUCUGCAGAAUUACUACAUUUAGUGGACUCUGCUAUCAUGGGGAAACCUGAAGGUAUGGAGAAACUGAAGAAUAUUGCAAGCGGGGUAGCAAAUUUUGGGAGCGGUGAAGAAAUGGAGAGUGCAUCCUUUUUAAUAGUAGAUUCACUUCUUGCAACAAUGGGUGGUGUUGAAAGUUUUGACGAGGAUGGUGAUAAUAAUCCUCCUAGUGUAAUGCUGAACUCCCGAGCAGCCAUUGUGGCUGGUGAACUUAUUCCUUGGCUUCCUUAUACAGGUGAUUCUGAUGUUGUCAUGUCACCUAGGACACGAAUGGUAAGGGGACUUCUUGCCAUAUUACGGGCUUGCACUAGAAACAGGGCAAUGUGCUCUAUGGCCGGUUUGUUAGGAGUACUGUUGAGAACAGCAGAGAAAAUUUUCACUGUCGAUGUUGGCUUAAAUGGGCAAAUAAGGUGGGAUGGAACUCCAUUGUGCCGCUGCAUACAACACUUGGCUGGGCAUUCUCUUAGUGUCAGUGAUCUUCAUAGAUGGUUUCAAGUCAUUACAAAAACGCUCACCACAAUUUGGGCUCCGCGCUUACUGGUUGCAAUGGAGAAAGCUAUGAGUGAAAAGGAAUCAAUGGGACCAGCUUGCACUUUUGAGUUUGAUGGUGAAAGUUCUGGUUUGCUCGGUCCAGGUGAGAGUCGCUGGCCAUUUAUCAAUGGGUAUGCAUUUGCAACAUGGAUCUACAUCGAAUCAUUUGCUGAUGCAGUAAAUACAGCUACAGUUGCUGCUGCAAUUGCUGCAGCUGCAUCAGCUAAGUCAGGUAAAUCAUCAGCUAUGUCAGCUGCAGCAGCAGCUAGUGCACUUGCUGGUGAAGGUACAGCACACAUGCCACGGUUAUUCAGUUUUUUAUCUGCUGAUAAUCUGGGUAUAGAGGCUUAUUUUCACGCUCAAUUUUUGGUUGUUGAAAUUGGUACUGGAAAGGGAAAGAGAUCUGCAUUGCAUUUUACUUAUCCAUUCAAACCUCAAUGCUGGUACUUUAUUGGUCUUGAACAUAUAGGCCAGCAUGGAAUUAUUGGGAAAGCAGAAAGUGAAGUUAGGUUGUAUGUAGAUGGUUCUUUAUAUGAAAGUCAUCCUUUUGAGUUCCCAAAAAUUUCCAAACCCAUUGCAUUUUGCUGCAUAGGAACUAACCCUCCUCCUACUAUGGCUGGUUUGCAACGCCGUCGUCGUCAAUGCCCUUUGUUUGCUGAGAUGGGACCUGUUUACAUCUUCAAGGAACCAAUUGGCCUAGAAAGGAUGACACGCUUGGCUUCUAGAGGAGGGGAUAUAGUGCCUUCUUUUGGUAAUGCAGCAGGGCUACCAUGGCUUGCAACAAAUGCCCAUGUGCAGAGAAAGGCAGAGGAAAGUGUUCUUUUAGAUGCCGAAAUUGGAGGUUUCAUUCACCUACUCUAUCAUCCUAGUUUACUUAGUGGGCGUUUCUGUCCAGAUGCUUCUCCUACUGGUGCUGCAGGAAUCCUUCGACGUCCAGCUGAGGUUCUUGGGCAAGUCCAUGUUGCCACACGAAUGCGACCCGUGGAUGCUUUGUGGGCAUUGGCUUAUGGAAGUCCAUUGUCUAUGCUUCCUUUAGCAAUAAGCAAUGUACACGAGAAAACUCUAGAACCACAGCAAGGGAAUUUUUCUGUGUCUGUAGCGACUACAUCUCUUGCUAGUCCAAUAUUUCGAAUUAUAUCCACAGCUAUUCAACAUCCAAAGAACAAUGAGGAGUUUGCUCGUGGUAAGGGGCCUGAAGUUCUUUCAAAGAUUUUAAAUUAUCUUCUCCAAACCCUGUCAUCACUUGGUGUUGGAAAGCAUGAUGGUGUCAGAGAUGAGGAACUUGUUUCAGCAGUUGUCUCACUUUGUCAAUCUCAGAAGAUGAACCAUAUGCUUAAAGUGCAGCUCUUCACUACACUGCUCCUGGAUUUAAAUAUCUGGAGUUUAUGUAGUUAUGGAAUACAAAAGAAGCUUCUAUCUUCACUUGCUGAUAUGGUUUUCACCGAGUCUGCAGUGAUGCGAGAUGCCAAUGCCAUUCAGAUGCUUCUUGAUGGUUGUAGACGGUGCUAUUGGACUGUUCCUGAAAAGGAUUCAGUAAAUACUAUUUCUUUAACUGGAGCAGCAAGGCCAGUGGGUGAAGUCAAUGCUUUGGUUGACGAGCUCUUAGUGGUAAUUGAACUUCUAAUAGUGGCUGCAUCUCCUUUGUUGGCUUCCGAUGAUGUCCGAUGUUUACUUGGGUUCAUAGUUGACUGUCCACAACCUGGUCAGAUUGCUAGGGUGUUGCAUCUCUUCUACAGGCUUGUUGUACAGCCAAAUACAUCUAGAGCUCAGACAUUUGCAGAAGCAUUCUUAGCAUGUGGCGGGAUAGAAACUCUUCUUGUCCUGCUCCAGAGGGAGGCUAAAGCUGGAGAUAGUGCUGUCCCGGAAUCAAUGUCAAAGUGUCCUGAACUUCAAAAGAAUGAAACAGAUGGCAGCAGUCAAAUCACAGAACCAUGUCAGGAUGAUGAAGGAUCAGAUGAGAAAAGUGAAGCCAUCUUACAAGACAGUGAUCAAGGUUCUCAAUCUGUUGAUAGUGGCAGUGACCUUGAUCCUUAUUCUCCUGAUGUGAAUAUUGGAGGGAUGGCAUUUACAUCUGAAACUCCAUCUUUCGAGAAUUUGGGAGGCAUAAGUCUAUCCAUCAGUGCCGACAGUGCCAGAAAAAAUGUUUAUAAUGUGGAUAAAAGUGAUAGCAUUGUUGUUGGGAUCAUAAGUCUAUUGGGGGCAUUGGUAGCUUUUGGGCAUCUGAGGUUUGGUUCUCGUGCUGGUCCUGAUACAACAAGUAACCUUUUGGGGGUUGGAUUGCAUGAUGGAGGGGGUACAAUGUUUGAUGAUAAGGUUUCUCUUCUUCUUUAUGCCUUUCAGAAGGCUUUCCAAGCUGCACCCAACAGGCUAAUGACUAACAAUGUUUAUACAGCGUUAUUGACUGCCUCGAUCAAUGCUUGUUCAACAGAGGAUGGGCUGAACUUCUAUAAUUCUGGUCAUCGCCUUGAGCACUUGCAACUUCUAUUGGUGCUUUUGCAUUCGCUUCCAUUUGCGCCCAAGUCCCUGCAGAGAAGAGCACUACAGGAUCUUCUAUUUUUAGCUUGCAGUCGCACAGAAAAUAGAAGCAGUCUGAAAAAUAUGGAGGAAUGGCCUGAAUGGAUUAUAGAGGUCUUGAUCUCAAACCAUGAGUUGGGUCCAAGCAAAUCACCCGACUCAACAAGCCUUGGAGACAUAGAGGACCUCAUACAUAACUUCCUUAUCAUCAUGCUACAAUAUUCAAUGCGACAAAAGGAUGGAUGGAAGGAUAUUGAAGCCACAAUUCAUUGUGCAGAAUGGCUUUCUAUUGUGGGUGGUUCUAGCACAGGAGAACAACGAACUAGACGUGAAGAAUCAUUACCGAUAUUUAAGAGAAGACUCUUAGGAGGCUUGCUGGACUUUGCUGCUAGAGAAUUGCACGUCCAGAAACAAAUUAUUGCUGCGGCAGCUGCUGGUGUUGCAGCUGGGGGUUUGUCUCCAAGCGAUGCUAAGGCAGAGUCUGAGAGUGCCGCUCACCUAUCUGUGGCUUUAGUAGAGAAUGCUGUUGUGAUACUUAUGCUUGUUGAGGAUCAUUUAAGGUUACAGAGCAAACGAGCUUCUUCUUUGCGUGCUACAGAUAGCUCUCCAUCUCCCCUUUCUCUCUUAUAUCCAAUGCCUAAUAACUCAACAUCAUCAUCAACAAUUGGUGGAUCAGCAGAAGUUAUGGGUGAUUGCACAUCAUCAUCUAGCAACUCCGGGGGAGUCUCUCUAGAUGUCCUUUCUUCAAUGGCUGAUGCCAAUGGUCGGAUUUCGGCUUCAGUUAUGGAAAGGCUUGCUGCAGCAGCUGCAGCUGAGCCGUAUGAAUCUGUUUCUUGUGCUUAUGUAUCAUAUGGGUCCUGUGCUAAGGAUUUAGCUAUUGGGUGGAAAUAUAGGAGUCGGUUGUGGUAUGGUGUUGGCCUUCCUUCAAAUACAGCUUCAUUUGGUGGUGGUGGGAGUGGAUGGGAUUUUUGGAAAUCUUCUUUGGAGAAAGAUGCUAGUGGCAACUGGCUUGAACUUCCUUUGGUGAAGAAGUCUGUGGCAAUGCUCCAAACAUUGUUGCUAGAUGAUUCUGGGCUUGGUGGUGGUCUAGGUAUAGGUGGAGGGUCUGGUACAGGAAUGGGAGCGAUGACUGCAUUAUACAAUUUAUUAGACAGUGACCAGCCAUUCUUGUGCAUGCUUCGGAUGGUUCUUCUAUCAAUGAGGGAAGAUGAUGAUGGGGAAGAACCUAUACCGAUGAGGACUAUAAGUAUGGAGGAUGCAAUAUCUGAAGGAAGGAAAUCAUGCUCAGCACUUCUGUGGAGUGUUCUCUCACCCGUUCUCAACAUGCCAGUUUCUGAUUCUAAAAGACAAAGAGUCUUGGUAGCAUCUUGCGUGCUGUAUUCCGAGGUAUACCAUGCUAUUAGCAUAGACCAAAAGCCUCUUCGUAGAAAGUACCUUGAGGCUAUUUUACCUCCAUUUGUUGCUGUCUUAAGAAGGUGGCGACCUGUUUUGGCUGGAAUUCAUGAACUUGCAACUGCCGAUGGUUUAAAUCCACUUAUUGUGGAUGAUCGUAUAGUGGCUGCUGAUGCCCUGCCAGUUGAGGCUGCUCUUGCUAUGAUAUCUCCUGCUUGGGCUGCUGCUUUUGCAUCACCUCCUGCUGCAAUGGCAUUGGCGAUGAUUGCAGCUGGGACUUCUGGUGGUGAAAGUCAUGCUCCUUCAACAAGUUCAACAAGUUCCCAGCUUAGGCGUGAUACCUCGUUGACAGAACGCAAACAGGCUAAGCUUUAUACCUUUUCAAGCUUUCAGAAACCUUUAGAAGCUCCUAACAAAACACCACCCCUACCCAAGAGCAAAGCUGCUGCAAAAGCAGCUGCGCUAGCAGCUUCUCGUGAUCGUCAACGAUUUUCAAGGGUUGGUUCUGGAAGAGGUCUUAGUGCUGUUGCAAUGGCUACAUCUGCACAGCGUAGGAGUGCUAGUGAUAUGGAGCGAGCAAUGCGAUGGAAUAUUACUGAAGCAAUGGGAGUUGCCUGGAUGGAAUGUUUGCAUCCAGUUGAUACAAAGUCAGUAUAUGGGAAAGAUUUUAAUGCUUUGUCGUAUAAAUUUAUUGCUGUUCUUGUUGCCAGUUUUGCCGUAGCAAGGAAUAUCCAACGGUCUGAGAUUGACAGGCGUGCUCAUGUAGAUAAAAUAGCUCGACAUCGAAUCAGUACUGGACUUCGUGCAUGGCGUAAACUUAUACGUCAGUUAAUCGAGAUGAGAAGUCUAUUUGGGCCCUUUGCAGAGAAUUUCUAUAGCCCACCUCUUGUUUUCUGGAAGCUAGAUUUUAUGGAAAGUUCUUCUCGGAUGAGAAGAUGCAUGAAGAGGAAUUACCAAGGGUCUGAUCAUUUAGGUGCUGCAGCUAAUUAUGAAGAAUUUUCAGGGGAGAAUAAGAAUAAUGAUCAGAGUGCUCCAAUUUUGUCGGCAGAAGCGAUCUCAAUAGAGGGUGUAAAUGAAGGUGAACAGAUGGAAACAGAGAGUUUGGAUGCUAAGGUCAAUGACAUUAAAGAUAAAGAAGAAAAUCAGCCUAGAUUUUCUGAAGCAGCUGAGCAAAGUGUACAAGCAUCUUCAGAAUCUUUAGAUACUCAACAUGAGAAUGGUGAAGGUGUUCUUCAGAGUUCUUCAGCCUUUGCACCUGGGUAUGUUCCAAAUGAGCUUGAUGACAGAAUUGUUCUCGAGCUACCAUCAUCAAUAGUGCAACCACUUAGGGUUGUACAGGGAACUUUCCAAGUUACCAGAAGAAGGAUAAAUUUUCUAGUUGAUAACGGUGAGGCCAGCACUACAGGGGAUGGUUUGGAUUCGGGUUCUGUAGAAGGUGACCAAGAAAAGAAUCGCAGCUGGUUGAUGUCAUCACUUCAUCAAGUUUAUAGCCGGAGAUAUCUACUUAGAAGAAGUGCACUGGAGCUAUUUAUGGUGGACCGUUCAAACUUCUUCUUUGACUUUGGGAGUAGUGAGGGGCGAAGAAAUGCAUAUCAAGCAAUUGUUCGCGCACGACCUCCUCAUUUAAACAAUAUAUAUUUGGCAACACAGAGGCCUGAACAACUUUUGAAAAGAAUUCAGCUUAUGGAGCGCUGGGCUAGGUGGGAGAUCAGUAAUUUUGAGUAUCUAAUGCAACUCAAUACACUAGCUGGGCGUAGUUAUAAUGAUAUAACGCAGUAUCCUGUUUUCCCCUGGAUUCUUUCUGAUUACAGUUCAGAGAGUUUGGAUCUUUCAAGUCCUUCUUCUUAUCGAGAUCUUUCAAAGCCUGUUGGUGCACUGAACCCAGAUCGUCUGAAAAAAUUUCAAGAGAGAUAUGCUAGCUUUGAUGAUCCAGUUAUCCCCAAAUUCCAUUAUGGAUCACACUACUCAAGUGCAGGAACAGUCUUAUAUUACCUUGUUAGAGUUGAACCUUUCACCACCCUUGCAAUCAAAUUACAAGGCGGAAAAUUUGAUCAUGCAGAUCGGAUGUUUUCUGAUAUUUCUGGUACUUGGGAUGGAGUUCUUAAGGAUAUGAGUGAUGUAAAGGAAUUGGUUCCUGAGCUAUUUUACCUCCCCGAGGUCCUCACAAAUGAAAAUUCAAUUGAUUUUGGUACAACGCAGUUGGGAGGAAAGCUUGAUACUGUAAGACUUCCAGCUUGGGCUGAGAAUCCAGUUGAUUUUGUGCAUAAGCAUAGGAUGGCUCUGGAGAGUGAGUAUGUAUCUGCUCAUUUACAUGAAUGGAUUGACCUCAUAUUUGGGUAUAAACAACGGGGCAAAGAGGCUAUUGCAGCAAAUAAUGUUUUCUUUCAUGUUACCUAUGAAGGGACAGUGGAUAUUGAUAAAAUAUUAGACCCAGUGCAACAACGUGCCACACAAGAUCAAAUUGCUUAUUUUGGACAAACACCGUCCCAACUUUUGAGGGUUCCUCACUUGAAGAAGAUGCCGUUAGCAGAAGCUCUGCAUUUGCAGACAAUAUUCCGCAAUCCAAAGGAAGUCAAACCGUAUGCUGUUCCAUCCUCGGAAUACUGCAAUCUACCUGCGGCUGCCAUUCACGCAUCUUCAGAUAUGGUUGUGGUUGUUGACUGCAAUGCACCAGCAGCUCAUGUUGCCCGACACAAAUGGCAACCCAAUACACCUGAUGGCCAGGGUAGUCCAUUCCUUUUUCAAAAUGGAAAAGCUAUAUCUGACUCUGCUAGUGGGACAAUUGUACGUAUGUUCAAAGGACCUACUGGGACUGGUGAACAGUGGCAGUUUCCCCAAGCAUUGGCAUUUGGUGUUUCUGGAAUUAGAAGUCAAGCUAUUGUUUCUGUGACCUGUGACAAGGAAAUUAUUACAGGUGGGCAUGCUGAUAAUAGUGUUAGGGUGAUAUCCUCUGAUGGAGCUAAAACCUUGGAAACAGCCUAUGCACACUGUGCACCUGUAACUUGCCUUAGUCUUUCAUCCGAUAGUUACUAUCUAGUCACAGGAUCUCGAGAUACAACAAUAUUACUCUGGAGAAUACAUAGUGUACUUGCAUCAAGCUCAAGUAUGAUAUCAGAAUCUUCCACUGGUACUGGCACUCGGCCAUCAACUAACAAUAGUUCUUCAUCACACUUGUUGCUAGAAAAGAAUCGGAGACGUCGUAUUGAGGGUCCUAUACAGGUACUUCGGGGGCACCACAGUGAAAUACUCAGUUGUUGUGUCAGCUCAGAUCUUGGAGUAGUUGUUUCAUGCUCCCAAACAACAGAUGUUCUCUUGCACUCUAUAAGAAGAGGACGUUUACUGCGAAGGCUGGAUGGUGUGGUGGCUCAUACUGUCUGCCUUUCCUCUGAAGGGCUUGUCAUUACUUGGAACGAAUUGCAGCAUACUCUCAGUACCUUUACUCUUAAUGGGGUUCUGACUGCUACAACAGAAUUGUCUUUCUCUAGCAGCAUUAGUUGCAUGGAAGUUUCUGUUGAUGGGAAAAAUGCGUUGAUUGGAAUUAAUUCUCUAGAAAAUGGUAGAGCCCGUAAUAAUGAUUUGAAUUUGCAGUCAAGUAAACCAGGUAUUGUUGAUUUUAAUUCAGAAUCAGAAAAAACUCACGAAGGCUACAGAAUUGAUGCUCCAACACCAUCAAUUUGCUUCCUGGAUCUGCACACUCUGGAGGUAUUUCAUGUGUUAAAGCUGGAAGAAGGACAGGAUAUCACAACUCUUGCUCUAAAUAAGGAUAACACAAAUCUUUUGGUGUCAACUAUGGAUAAACAAUUGAUUAUCUUUACUGAUCCAGCUUUAAGCUUGAAAGUGGUCGAUAAAAUGCUCAAGCUUGGUUGGGAAGGUGAUGGGCUUACGAACCUCAUAAAAUCAUAGCUUUAGGGCAUACAAAAGUGGAUUAAGAUCUUUUAUACAAUAUAAAAAUUAGGAAUGUUAGCAUGAGUUAUAGAACUCAUGUUUGUAAGCAUUUUUGUUAGAUUUAGCAUAGGGUUCUUUUGCUCUCCCAGCUAAGCUGCAGUAUUAACAUUGACAAGCUUCUUGCUGAGGUUUGAGCCAUUUCAUUUUUGUUCUCCAAUUUUUUUACUGGUGAAAAUAAUAGCUAUUGUUUCUUGUAAUACUUUUCAGACAUUGAGAUUCAGAGGAUUUUGGCUAAGGCAUCAGUCCUUAAUAUUUUCUUGAUAUUUAAAAAAAAUAUUUCAAUGGUUAUUCUUUCA